CACUCUGUCACAGCCAGCAAGCUCAUCCCACGCACCAAGCAGAGCCAUGGCGUCCCGUGCUGCUCGGAGUGUUCCUGAGCUCGUUGCUGUCUCGCGUGCUAUCUUUGGCACUGUCGAGGGUAAUGGCCUCCGCUCGGGUCGCAAGGUGCUGCGUAAGGCCCUGGUGGCUGACAAGAUGCUGAACUACUACAUGCCCAUUCUCUCCCAUGCCUUCCCGGGCUACAUGGACGAGAUCCGCAGCAGACGCAAGGCAAAGGCGGCUGAGCUGUCCCGCUCCGGCCGCGGAGCACCCAAGAAGGGUGCCGGCAAGCGCAAGGGCGGCAAGAAGAAGUAGUAACAUCAAAUCAAUCAUC